AUGGGGUGUGGAAAUAGUUCGGUUGUCCCUAUUCCUCCUGUUCAAAAUGCAUCUGAAAAUAGCACGAGUAAUCAACAAGCCAGAAUACCUAGCGCACGAAAUAAUAGCACGAAUAAUCAACAAGCCAGAAUACCUAGUGCACAAAAUAAUAACGUGCAACCACAAACGAACUCUUCACCAAAUCUAAAGUCAAGACCUGCAAGUGGCGUAUCAAAAAUAAGUUCCCAUAGUAUCAAACCAUCGAGUCCUAAGCAGAAAGUUAAAAGUCCUUCGGUACAUUCAGAUCAUGAAGACAAUCAACAGUUUGCUAUCGUUUGGGCGGAUUCUAAUUUCGAUAAAUCAAAACCACUAUAUCAUGCUGCUAUAACUAAACUAGAACGAAUUACAACUUCAAUCUAUACAUGUACUAAUACUGAGCAAUGCAUCAAUUAUCUAGAUAGUUUCGUUGACAAAAAAGUAUUUCUAAUUGUAUCGGACACUUUGGGUGAAGCGCUUGUACCACUUGUUUUCGAUAAACCACAGCUUGAAUGCAUUUACAUAUUCAGUCAAGUGAAACGACAAAGAUUACUUUGGGCAAAUAAAUGGUCAGCAAAAAUUAAAAAAAUCUUAUUCGAUAUGGAAGAUGUUUUUCAAGCAAUCAAAUUUGACACUGGUCUUAUUGGUGGUUUAACCCCUAUUAGCGUAUUUCGUCGAAUAGAUGUGCCUGACGCUAUCGAAAAUGAAUUAGAUCAAUCAUUUAUGUACACCCAAUUACUUAAAGAGAUUCUCAUUAAAAUGGAUCAUGACUAUACAGCAAAGAGUAAACUAGUUGAAUAUUGUCGUACUAAAUAUGCGGAUAAUGUUCUUCAAUUGGGUCUUAUUGAUGAAUUUGACCAAGACUAUAUUAAAGAUAUUGUAGUUCAUUGGUAUACGAAAGAAUCUUUUCUGUAUUCAACAUUGAAUCGAGCUUUGAGAACACAAGAUACUGAAGCUAUUUUGAAAAUGGGAUUCUUUGCGCAGGAUCUUCAUCAACAAAUCGUACAAAUGCAUGCAAAAACUACAAAUAACCAAGAAGAAUUCAUUGUUUAUCGAGGACAAGGUAUGAUGCCUGAUGAAUUUGAAAAAGUAAGAAUGGGAAAAGGCGGUCUUCUAUCGUUCAAUAAUUUCUUGUCGACGACACUUGACCCCAAAACUGCUUUGAUGUUCUCAAAGAAAGCACAUGGUAACCCGAAUGUCAUCGCAAUAGUAUUUCAAAUGGAAAUCAAUCCGAAAACGUCAUCGGUUCCAUUUGCUUUUCUGCAUGAAAAAAGUAAAUACAAAGAUGAAAGUGAAGUUCUUUUCUCAAUGCAUACCGUCUUCAGGAUAAUGGGAGUUGAAGAGACAGGUGAUCGAUUUUUUCAAGUAAAUUUAGUUCUAACAAACGAUAAUGAUCAACAACUUAAAAUGCUUACCGAUUACUUUCGAAAAGAGAUUGACGGCAGUACCCCGCUAGAACAAUUGGGCCACUUGAUGCUUAAAAUGGGAGAAUACAAUCAAGCUGAAGAAUUAUAUACACCGCAACUUGAUUCAACCGAUGAAAAGCACUGGCGAAAACAUGCUCAUGUCAAUAAUCAGCUAGGCUAUGUUUACAGUCAGAAAGGUGAUUAUAAAGCUGCACUGGCAUACUAUGAAAAGACACUCAAAAUCGAGCUAGAUUUUCUUCCUCCAGACGAUUCUUCACUUGCUGUGACCUAUAAUAAUAUAGCAACAGUACAGAACUCGAUGGGAAACUAUUUAUCUGCACUGUCAUCUUACAAAAAGGCACUCGAAAUCGAAGAGAAGGCUCUUUCAUCUGAUCACCCUACACUAGCUACAACCUACAGCAACAUAGGUUUAGCAUACGAAACAUUAGCGGACUACGAGAGUGCACUUUCAUUUUUUCAAAAGGCACUUCAAAUUCGACAGACAACACUGCCGCCUAAUCAUCCAGAUUUCGGUACAAUAUAUAGUAACAUUGGUGGGCUACAUCAAGAAAUGGGAGAUUAUUCAACUGCUCUCAAAUUUUACCAACAGGCACUUGAUAUCGAAGAAAAAUAUCUUCCUCCAAAGCAUCCAACUUUAGCUACAACCUACAGCAACUUCGGAUCUGUUCACAGUUCGAUGGGUGACAAAUCGAAGGCACUGGAAUAUUAUCAAAAAUCUCUUGAAAUCCGAGAGCUAUCUCUUCCUAUUAAUCAUCCAGAUAAAGCUAGCAGUUACAAUUGCAUCGGUUCAGUAUAUAAUUCGAUGGAGGAUUAUCCUAAAGCACUUUCAUGUUUCGAAAAAGCCCUGGAAAUUCAAAAGCAAGCAUUUCCAGAAAAACAUCCAGCUCUAGCGAGCACUUAUGAUAACUUUGGCUCGGUCUAUAGUUGUAUGGAAGAGAAGCAAACUGCACUGUCAUACUAUCAAAAAGCGUUCGAAAUUCGGGAACUUUCACUACCCCCAAACCAUCCUGAUAUAGCCACUAGUUACAAUAACCUUGGUACGAUCUACAGCUCUAUGGGAAACAAAGACAACGCUUUAUCGUCAUAUGAAAAGUCACUCGAAAUGAAACGAACAUGCCUACCUUCAAACCACCCAUCACUCAUUACUACAUACAACAAUAUCGGUUUAGUUCAUCAAUCCAAGGGUGACUAUUUGGUGGCUCUAUCCUUACACCAAAAAGCACUAGAAAUCUGUGAACAAAAUUCUCAACAUAGCCAGUCAGAGGCAGCAGCUUCAACUUAUAAUAAAAUUGGGUCAGCACAUCAUUCGAUGAAAGAUUUCCCUAAAGCUCUCUUGUUCUUUGAAAAAGCACUUGCCGUACAAAGCAAAUCGCCUAAUGUGAAGGACAGUAAUUUGGCUAUAACGUAUAGUAACAUGGGUUUAACUUAUCAUGAAAUGAGUAAUAAUGAAAAGGCGCUCUUAUAUUACGAAAAAGCGCUUGAAAUCAAAGAAAAAUCACUCACACGAGAUGAUUGUGAUUUGGCGACUACAUACAAUAAUAUUGCACUGGUAUAUGAUUCUAUGAAAGAUUAUGAUAAAGCACUUUCAUUCCAUCAGAAAGUACUUACUAUUAGAGAGAACAAAUUGCCUUCUGAUGAUUUAGUUUUGGCAGCAACCUACAGCAACAUAGCCUCAACAUAUUAUGACAUCCAAGAUUAUUCUAGUGCAGUCUCUUUUUACAACAAAGCACUGGGUAUUCGUGAGCAGUCAUCUUCUGUCGAUGAUAACACAUUAGCCACUAAUUACAACAAUACUGCCAUCGCUUAUAAAUUAAUGAAUGACAAAGCCAAUGCUCUUAUAUUCUAUCAAAAAUCGCUCACAGUGCGGCUGAAAACGCUUGCUGCUAAUGAUCCGUCCUUAGCAACAAUCUAUACUAGUAUGGCAUCUAUACAUAGCUCAAAAAAAGAUUACUCUAAUGCAAUUGUACUUUACAAGAAAGCGAUUGAAAUUCGAGAAAAAUCCCCCCCUGCAGAUAACCCUGAAUUAGCGACUAACUACAACAACAUUGCUGUGGCAUACAGUUCCAUGGAUGACGAAUCUAAUGCUCUUAUAUUCUAUCGAAAAUCGCUCACAGUGCGACUGAAAACGCUAGCUGCUGAUGAUCCGUCUUUAGCAACAAUUUAUUCGAGUAUGGCAUCUAUAUACUAUUCAAAAGACGAUUACACUAAUGCCAUUGAACUUUACAAUAAAGCAAUUGAAAUCCAAGAAAAAUCUUCCUCUGCAGAUAGUCUCGAAUUAGCAACCAACUAUAAUAAUAUUGCUGUCGCUUAUAAAGCGAUCGAAGAUCAAAAACACGCUCUGACAUAUUACGAGAAGGCACUCGCGAUUCGAGUCCAGAAGCUUCCUUCAAAUGAUCCAUCAUUGGCUCCGCUUUAUAACAGUAUUGGUUCGAUACAAUCAUCUAUGGGAAACAAAUCCGUUGCAGUGGAGUUUUACGAGAAAUCACUCAAAAUUCAAGAAACAUUACCUUCACCAAAUUAUUCUUCGAUGUCAGUUACGUACUACAAUGCAGCAUUGAUGCAUCGAGAACUUGAAAACCACGAGGCAGCUCUUAAACAUGCCGAGAGUUCUGUCGAAACAGCUCGUCUAGCUUUUGGUCCUGAUGAUAAGGAAGUAAAAGAUAACCAAAUGUUGGUGGAUAGAAUUCGUAAUAAACUAUGA